UAUUGAAACUGACAGCAUGCUAUUUACAUAUUUUUUCUAGAUAUGGGAUUAUCUGAUUCGAAAGAAAUGCAGUUUAUUGCUGACUGAAUACUCCAGAGACAGCAAAGCUUGUCAUACGAGUUUCAGAGCAAUGAAGGCCAAACAUUCUUAACAAAAGGCUGGAGACUAAAAAUGACAAGGAGCCGCAGGACCAGUUUUCCCUGGACAAAAGAAGAGAUAGGUUGGGCCAGAAGUAGCUAACAUAUGCCGGCUUCAGAAUAAUAGGAAAUAGCAGAAUGUGGCAGAGCAAACCCCAAGAAAGACAGGGCAGGACUGUUGAUUACCAUAAACCUGAUAUGACUGUGAUCGCCUCUUGAACUGAAAGAGACAGAAAGAAGGAAGGAGGAAGGGGUAAAUAGGAGAGGCGUAGGAAGAGUUGCAGGUGAGGAGGGUGGAGUUAAGAAAACACUGAAGGUAGACAAACAGAGAGCCGCACAUUGAUCCCUUGAGCCUGACAAACCGCCUGAGAAAAACAAGACAAUGAAGAUCUGAAGAUACACACUCAGCUGGGAUGAUGUAUGAGAAGUGCCUAACCGUAUGAAGGACGGAGACAUGAGUCUGCACUAACAGGAUCUUUUUUUUGGGAGGGAUUUAAGACACAACUGAAGGAGGUAAGGAUGUCUUCAAUAUCAGAAGCAGACUUCCACUGCAAGCCUGGAGACACUAUCUGUGAGAUCCGUGUGUAUGAGCAGGAGGUGAUCAUCGUUCCCAUUUUACUGCUGGCCAGCUUCCUGGUCACUCUGGUCUUCAUUUUCCUCCUGCGUUUUUGUCCAGAGAAAGUCGACCGCGUCCGUCCGCAGGCCUCUAAGGCAGCCUCCAGGAGAGUGCUGCAUGGCAUCGAUGCUCCACCAGGUAUCAAUGUCCUGGAGCAUGAAAGCAUUGCUCUGGACGUGCCCAGUUCCUACUCCACCUUCCACCCCCCAAACACUUACCCUGCCAAAAACCUCUCCACGUCUGUGGACACACCCUCCUUCCCGUCAAGCCCCCCACCGCAGCCCUUCCAACCCAGUUUCAAACCCAUUGUCCAGCCCAGAGAGUUGCCCCGCAAGAGGCUGCCUGAGUCCUUCAACCUGGUCACCCCUCUGCCUACUGCCUUCUCCCUGCGCUCCGACUCCACUGUGUCCCUCUAUAGGGCCCGUAUGGAAAACAGGAACGUGGUACUGCGGGUGCUUAAUGACUCUGCUGACGCCACAGAAAGACACAGCUUCCUGGGUUUUGCAUCCUUUCUGGCCCAGCUUGGACCCCACCCUUUCCUGCCAGAGCUCCUUGGUGUGGUCUCCUUGCGAGCUCCUCUGGUUACCGUUGUGGAAGAGCUGGAGAACAGAGACCUGCUCAGCUUCCUGUGGCAAUGCAGACAGGAACAAGUGGAUCCUCCAUGUGAGAUGACUGAGAGACGAAUAUUUACUAUGGCCACACAGGUGGCCUCAGCGCUGGAGUUCCUUCACAGUAAAGAUCUUCUCCAUGGAAACAUCCGAGCCCGCAGUGUACUGGUCAGUAGUGCGUUCACGGCCAAGCUUUGGGGCCUGCAUGGAGUCUACACAAGGAAGAACCAGGGAGUCACUCAGAGAGACGAUCCCAGCAUGAAGAAAUGGCAGGCGCCAGAGCUGCUAGCCAAGAGACCUGCCAGUCAGAGCAGCGAUAUCUGGUCAUUUGGCACCUUAUUGUAUGAAAUGGCAACACUGGGUGAAGCUCCGUUUGCAGAAAUCUCAGUUAAUGAGCUUUUACAGUUUCACCAACGAGGGAAAAGUCUGAAAAAACCUUCCAACUGCUCCAACACGUUGUGCAACAUCAUUAAGGGUUGCUGCCAGUGGAAGUAUCAAGAUCGACCCUCCUUGGCUGAGGUGAAACGCAAGCUCGUCUCAGGAGAGAAGAGUGCCUCAGACAAAGUCCUCAAGGUGCCGGGGACAGUUAACAUCGAGCAGUACCUGCAGGAGGCAGGAUAUGGGGAAACCAACAGCUACACUGUUUUCUGAUCACUGCCUGCAAGGGCGUAGCUUUGGUUUGAGGAGCUGCAUUUCUACAUACAUUUAGGGACUACAGUCCCAACUAAAACAAAACCUGGGAAAUAAUUAAGUUGGUCUUCAUGCUAAUUCUGCCAGAAUAGUACUAAAUAUGCAUAAGAAAAAGCGGUCUUACUGUCUGUGUUGUUUAACCCAUAACUUUACUGAACUUCACAUGUUGAGUUAUUCAGUUAUGGGUAUAUAUACAGUAAAUAUUAUGAAGAAUAGGACUGGCAGAUCUAUGGUACAUUAUUGUGGCACUAUCAAUAGAUAUUGUGUCAUUUGCAACUUCAGUCACAACAGACAUAUACAAAAUGUAUCAAAGAAUAUAAAACUUUUUUAGAAGUCAUACACUGUCAAUACCUGUAUAUAAAAGCAAUGUCAAUGAAUGUAUUGGCUUUUUUAUAUAAGUCUAGUGUGUAUUUAUCUUUAUUAUGAGUAUUAGUUAUACCUGAGACCAGACAGGCUUUGGUUCUACCUUCUCACAGUGUCACUCAAAAUACAAGCCUUUUGUAAUCCCCUUUUUUGUGAUCCUUCAAGAACUUCUUACCUUCAUGUAUCCAUACUUAAUGUUAAAUUUAACUGCCGCUGUUGGUGUUUCACUUAUAAACCGUCCCCAGUGGAAAUUACGCCCCAAACUGGCCUGCAAGAAUACUGCACUAUGCUCAAAUACCCCAAUGGUGCACUUUUGCAACACUUUAAGGCACAAUAACAAGUGUUCAAAACUGUUUAUCAGUGUUUUGGGCACUGAAAUUGUUCCUUUUUUUCUGUUAUUUAUUCUCCUACUUCAGGUUUACACAACUUCUAAGAAAAACACUUCUAAGUGCUUGUUCAUCUUUGGGAAACGUUAAUUUUCAGAUAAGUCAGACCUUACUAAUGGGUGUCUUUAUCUGUAAUAUCUAAAUCUGUGAGUUUCACUUGGGGAAAUACAACCAGUAAUUUUGUAGUAGUAGAUGUAAAAUACAGUAUGUAAACUUGACCAAUGUACAGCUGCUGCAUCCUGAACUUGUAGUGAAGAUUGUCAACAUAUGAUGGUUUACAAAUCUCAUUUACAAUAUGAAACGAAUGUAUAUUAACGGAUGUAAUAUUUGUUAUAUUUUUUGUAUAAUUCUAUAUCAGGGAAAGUUGUGGGAAUGAAGGAAAAAAAUCUGUUAUUAUACUCACUGUCUUUUUCUGUUUCAUGUGGACAUCUAUG